AUGGCGAAUAAGUUUGGAUUAGGUUCUUUAUCUUUAGAAACCAAAAAACCUAACACAACAGCGUGGAUAAAUAAAACCAAACCUUACUUCCUAGAUCAAAUCGGAGACACUCUUCAAGGUAUAAGUGAAGACAAAUUAACCGCAUUAGAAAGUAAACUUAGUGAUGAUAGUGAAAUACAAAAACAAAUAGUCGCUAUUCAACAACAAUUAAUCAAUGUAGUAGAUAAAACUCAAUUACAAAAUUUAAGUUCAUUAAUAUCUAAUUUAGAUGAUAAGAUUACAAAGCAAAAAAUAGAACUAAUAGAUAAUAUUAAUCCAGGAAAACUUACAAUUGAAAUAACAUUUCCUAUACAGGUAAAAGUUGAUUCAUUAUUCUUCAGACAAGAUUCAAUAUCAUCUAAUAAAUUUAACGCUCGCAAAGUUCUUCAGUUUAUCAAUGGUACAAAAAAUGUAGAAACUAAAGAAUUAGAAAUUAACGACAAAAACAACAAGAUUAGUCACUUACAUGAAAUUAAAACGAAUGGACAAUAUAUAGAUAGGUUUAGAAUGUUAAUCAUACCAGAUAAUGAAAAAGAUGAAUUUUUAUUGAGUGAUUUUGAUAUGUUAUUGGAGACUGAAACUCCACCAUCAAUGAAUAUUAUUAGAAAUCCAGAACCAGAAAAAAAAGAUGUAAGCGAUUAUGAGUUUUUACGAGCAACAGACUUUGAAUACGUAAAACUAUAUUUUGUUGAUAAUGAUAUAUUUACCUCAGUCGAUAUUCAUAAAAGUCAACAAAAUCAAAAAUUUUUAAUAAGAGAUGGUGUAUACGUUAAUAUAUCAAUCUAUAUUGAAAAACCAAAAUUUUCAGUUCAUCUGAAUAAGAUAAAUGAUUCGAAAGAACAAAUAUCAUUAGUAACUGUAACAGUUAAUAGUAAAGCAGCUAUAUCAGAAGUUCACUUAAUUUAA